UCGAACCCCUAUCACUACACAGACCUACGACAGACGACAAACAACUACCAAAACACAGGUCACGGGUUCAAACACUCUGGUGUCGACUCAAUACUGUACAUGGGCAAAGUGAGGUCUGGGGAUCGAACUCUAGGGCCCGCAUCUGUGACUGCAGAAAGCGAUCGAACAGCAGGCAGUCCCAGUUUGUCCCAAAGCAACAGUCGGCAUGGGAUCACUGUAUCUUCACAGGCUGUCCCAGUUUGUCCCAAAGCAACAGAGACCAGUGGAACUGACAGGCAGAGGCAGAGCCUCUCUACACAACGAACACCUCUUGUCCUUCACAAAGAAGGGAUGUGUGUAGUUUGCCCUGACAAAGGGACACGGGACUUCUGUCCCGACGAAGGGACACGUCUCGUUGGCCCCGAACGAGAGAGUGGGAGGAACGAUAACGGUUGGCCAGAGAGCGAUCAGGACGAGGAGGGUCUCAGAACUGCUCCUAUAUUGGAGGAGGGGGAAAAGGAGGAGGAGGAGGAGGAGGAGGAGGAGGAGGAGGAGGAGAAGGCAGUGCUGAAGCUGAACGGGAAGCGUCCUGUGACCGGGGCAGAUGUUCCAUUCAGGCCACGGGGGAUGAUGACGGUGGGUCGUCUCGGGAACCGAGUUUCAAUGGUUGGUAUGGGUAAUACUGGGAGUCCACGACGUGAACGAGACGGUGUUGAAUUCUCCCAAAGAACAGGAGCGGAAGGCGAAAAGAACAACAGGAGUACCUCUUGUUCGACGCACACUGCUGCAGUGAGAGAGAAGACAGAUUUGGUGCCAUCACCAGGAGCCCAAAAAGGCGGUCAUCGAAAUCUGGUGGACCUUCUUCGGGUGGGUCCACCGCUUCCGAAGGGCCGAGCGCGUCCGGCAGGCGUGUUUUGCGGGAAGAGGAUUGCUUCCGUGAUGUCGUGGCCGGACGACGAAGAUGAAGACGGAGAUGAAGGCAAAGGUGAUGGGGCUGAUGCUGCUGGCAUGGGAAAGAAACUGUUGGCUAUGGGGAACCCUCGGAAGACGAUGGAAGACGUCGCGAAUGCAGCCGAUGACGGGGGUGGCAAGAAGGCGGUAAAGACGGUGAACAAUGAAAUGACUAAAAAUAGAACUGUUGCUGGUGCGAGAGUCGGGAAACCGGACUUCGCUAUGAUUCCAAGGGCGGCUGGUGGCACUGGUGGCGCUGCUCCAUCUACAGUCGUUGCCCCGGAAUUGAGGUCAAUGCCGGGUGAUGGGCAAUCUCAAGCGGCUGCUGAGAAAACUGGCGUGGUUGUCAAAGCGGACGAGCAUGAGAGCAAGAAGAAGAAGAAGAAGAAGCCAUGCAACCUGGCUGAAGGUGAUGGGGACGAUGACGAUGCCAACCCUUGUUCCUCGCCAAGCGUGGAGAUUGUGAGUGACUCUGAAGAAGAGGAGGACGAGCAAGAACAAAAUCUGGCCUGUAACAGGCAGCGGAUUCGUGCAUUGCUACGGCAAUCAGCAGCAGCAAUUCGCCAGCGAGCUGUUGGGUGUAAGGCAAACAGGUUUGCAAAUGCCCCACCCGGUCGGGAUACGAUGUUUUCGAGAGAGCGCGGAAACACUGCUGGCAAAUUCAAUCGGAUUGGAUCUGCUUUCCAUGAUCUUGAAGCAAAGGCAGGUGGGGGAGGAGAUCAUGAGGAGGAGGAAGAGAGGGGGGAGGAAGGCAAAGGGAAACAGAUUUCACAGGCUUCAGUCUCUGGCAUUGCUGAUGGAACGAAUUGCACAAUUUGGAGGAGGUUAUCUCCUCUGAAGCGGAAGUCGCCUGCGAAAAUGGAUUCAGCAGGAGACUGUGAUGAGGAGGUUAGUGGGCUGUGUGUCCGUGCGAAGAGUGCUGCUGUAUGUAGUCUGAGAGUGUCAUUGUCUCCCCUACGUAAUGGUGCUUCUGCAUGUAUACCACAACACCUCGAUUUAACAGCUGAUCGGAGCCGUCACAACUCCGAGGGUGGAGCAUCCAAGAUCCCAGCUAUACAUCCUGUGGAAGUAGGGGGCGUGGCGGGGAAUAGCAAUGUAGUCACAGGUCGGAUGAUGCCGGUUACUGCUCCUGGACCUAACGAAGAUCCUGAGGACUUGAACCAGGAACGAUCUUCAGACCACCAGAGUUGCCGCUCCGCUAAGGCAGUACCUCUGGAGCGGACUGAGGGUUCGUGUCCUCGAGAGGACCUAGUUAGGAAAGGAGCCUGCAGCAUCGAUCGCGCUGCUACAACCAGGCCUGACAGCACAAAGCGUGGGACAAGAGUUGAUUAUUUGGAACCUCCCUCAUUCUCACUCGGUCUUGAUGAGCAUGAUGACGGUUGCGAUGAGGAGGUGGUGACCCAUGCAGAGGCCUCCAAUCUGUGCAAUGUGGAGACGGGUGAUGUCAGCGCGGAGGGGCAAGGGAACAGAAAUUCGCAGCUUCCUCAGCCAGAGCCAGUUGUUGGCCCAGCUGAUGGUGAUGCCAGCGUGGACAACGUUGGCAGUGUGUCUGCGCUUAUGAAAGCACAAGCGUCAGGAGAACUGAACCUUCUUGAUAUGGGUCAGAAAGUGGAUGAUAUGCUGAUGAGGCCAGGUUCAACCCCAUCAAAAGGCCUGCAGGGUGGUAGCAAGAGGGGUUUGCCGCAGGAGGACGAUUUCCCCUCGUUCUCCCUGGGGCUUGACGACGAGAACGAGGGGGAGGAGCAUGCCGAAGAGGUCUUGCACCCUCGUGGUGCAGUGCCAAGCACGGGCGCUGCUUCUGCGGGCACCAAUUGUAACCCAGAGAUAAAGGGGCGUGAGGUCUCGGCGGAUCUCGGUCGAAAGGCAGAUCCGCCGACGACAGUGGCAACGGGACGGAGUGAUCGUGCACCUGGUGACUGCUUGGGAAAUCCCCGGGUCAGGUGGCUUGCAAGUCCUGACCCAAGGUCUCGACAGCCCGAUGCCAGUUUGGGAAGAGUACCUCUCGUGGGCGACGCAUUCUCUCCACAUGGUGAGAGCAUUGGGAGCCGUAGCGUUCAGAAGCAAACCCCUGAUUCUCAGUUUACGAGGGGUGGGGCAUUGUCAUUUCGUACAGCCUCGGCUGACGUUUCCGAGCUCGCUUCUUGCGCUAGGAAAGCCACAUGGGAAAGGCCGGAUAGACAGACCCAGGGUGGUGGUGGGGCACAACUUGCUGGGAACAGUAGAAUCCAACCUGUGAAAAUGCAACCGCUUCUCCUACCUGAGGAGGAAAGCGAGGGCAAAAAGGCACCAGAAUGUUUUGAGGCUUUGGACGUCGACAAGUACGGAUUGUUCUGUGAUGACGACGACCACGAGGAGGAAGAUGAGGAGCUUCUGAGUGUUGUUGUUAAUGGCACUUCGUUUAGCGGCGGAAGUGGCAAGAGGAGGGAGUCUGCGACCGGAAGCUUAAUGGCAUCUGAAGCCCUUUGCCAGUAUGACUCUUCUGAAAAUAUGGAUCCUGCAAAUGUGAGUAGAAAACAACCGGGCAGUACGUGGGAGGGACGGGGAAGGAGGGACUGGUGUGUGGAAGACACUUGCGGAACCGAACACAGUUUACAUUCCCAACGCAUCAGUGUGAAAAAGAGCGCAGUGGAGGAGGGUUCGAUCUGCAAAGGACUGUUUAGCAGUACUUCACAGUCGAUAGGUGUACCCAAGGGGCGUGGCAAACCGAUGGGACGUUCAUGCAUCUCUCUCGACGAUGACAAGCAUGGGAAUCCGGUUGUCGUUCUGGACACAAGUGAUGAGGACGAACAAAGAAAUGAUCACAUAAAGUUUGUGAGGAGGCCUUUGAGGGAGACUGGCGGCAUUCAGCAAUCGCAAGUGACCCAGGAAGCGAGGGAUAAGUGGAAAGCAUCGCCGACUGGACGGACAGCUCAUCCAAACGAGCCUGGAAAAGGUGGUGGCUGUGCCCUUGACGAAUUGCAAAACAACAAUGGACGGUUUGCCGGGUCUUUAAUUGAUGAGCCCCCCGACGGAAGCGAAACGUCGAGCCGCGGAAUGAGCUCAUUGGUGACGCCUGGGAAAGGGAAGCUCAAAAGGCUUCGGAAGGUCGCAGACGUGCGAGCAGAAGCAGUUUCGGCGGAGGGACUCGGGACGUCUGGACAAUGUAAAGUCAACAGUGCUCUCCCUGAUCGCGUUGACCGUGUGAGGGAUGCAGGCGCAGAGUCGAGACAUGAAGGACUUGGCCAACUUAGUGACACAUUGACUGAGGAGGUGUCAGAAGCCAGCGCUGAAGCUGGACCUCCUCUAAAGCGCGGCAGGAAACUAGGGCUUCAACCCGAGUUUGCUGUAGUCGAUGAGCUGAAGCGUCAAGUGAGGGAUGGCGUUCCUACGCCGGAUCAAGCGGAAGAGCAUGAAGAGGAUGACAUUGAAGAGUUUUCCUCACAGGAAGGCCAUUGCGGGGCCCACAGCUUUCUUGGGAAGGGUCGAACACCCCUGAGCAAGUUGUCGAAAACCGACAACAGAUUGGAGCAUGGCCGUGCGGAGGGGACCGAUGGCCGCGUUCCCCGCCUUCGCGAUAACCGGCCUGUGCUGUUUAUCGGGCCUAAGAAAGGUAAAUGCAGUGCAGAUGAUCCAGUAGUUUCGGUGCAGAAAUGGGUCCCCAGGACAAGCGUGUCUUCUGGAAGAGGAGAGGACGCAGGUGUGGAUGCGAGGGAAAUUCCAUCUCCAAAGGGUAAAAAUGGCCCGGUGUCUGCCUCAGGAAAAGACAGAAUCCACGAUCUGGAACAGAGGAUUUGGGAGGGAGCUUGUCUUGAUGAAUGCACAGGAGCACAUGAUGGUGCAGAUGGUGGGUGGCAUGCAGAGUGGGCUGAUUGGGACUCCCAGGGCUAUAUCUUGCCAACGACCGCUCAAGGAGAUUGUGAUCAUGUUAAGGAUUGGCAGCGGCAGCAGCAGCAGCAGCAGCAGAGGGAGCAAGAAGCUGUGGAGAAGCUGCUAAGGAAACGGUUUCCUCAUUUUGUGCCAGUCAAUCUCUUGGCACGAGAUGGUGUCUGGCAUGGAGAACCUGUAUUUAUUGAUUAUUGGAACCAGUUCAUAGCGUGUUCUGAUCCGGGAGGCACAAGUACAGGUAUGGCGGGCUCUUCCAUGAGAGGAGGAAAUGGCUGCAGUGCUCAGCCAGCAAUGACGAGAAGAGUGCAUCCUGUUGAGAGGGAAUUCCGCUCCCAGUUUGCGCGUGAUGGUGGUGGUCCCGGGUGGGCGUCGACAAGAGCAGGACUUGUCAGCCAGCAGCAGUCGCAGCAGCAGCAGCAACAGACAGGAGGAGUGCCAGGCAAGGGCCACUGGAUUACUGAAGGCAAUCGCAAGGUCUAUGUCACGAAGCUGGGCGAAAAGUUGUGGGGGCGCGUGGCCAUGCUUACCUAUCGGAAGGAGACUGGUCGCGGAGGGCGAAAGGGGGGAUCUCCAAGAAAGGGAGGACGAUGGAGAAAGAAGCCCAAGGGAGGGGGUUCUCCUCCAGCAUCAGGAGCAAGUCAAAAGGGAGGAAAGCCGGAUGCGGCAACUGCCAAGCGAUCGAAAGCCAAUGUGUCUACGAAACGCAGAGCUACCAAGUCCAAGUAAAAAAAAUCCCUGUCUCCAGCCUGGAAGCUGUAGGUGCAUUAAGCUACUAGCACCACACCCUCUCAACCGAAUGAUACUGGACUUGUCUGUCUUUGUGCGUCUGUGACUAGGCCAAGACGAAACAUUGCCGCGCAUAGCAAAGCUGGACGGAGAUCAUCGCCCACUGGCUGUAAACAAGACGAGAUUGACAUCAUCCAGGUACGGAUCACCAACAAUUGUUGAUAGGACUUGACAGACAUUUUUAUGCGCCACUGCAUAGACUGACCUUGGGCCUCGCUCCACCGCUCGCCAAAUGUACAAAAUGAGACUGAAUAUUCCGCCAGAACUUGGAAAGAUACGCCACCGUAAGUUUUUGUCUUUUGUGCAUGUCGUGAAUGGUGGAGCGCAGGCCCUUAUCCAUUUGCGCAAAUGGGUAUUUUUUUUUACUAUUUUCCCGCUGUUAACAGGCCAUACAUUUUCAACUUUUCACCCUAUGGGUGAACCAGGCGGACACUCGACGGACGGACAUUAUCGCACCAUGGAUUAGCCCGACAAACAGACUUUUUUUUUUCUUUUUUUUCUUUUUUUUUAAGGCCAGACAAACAGACAUUAUUGCUAUGUGGGUAAAGUUCCGAUAAGCCAAGUGGGUACCGCACUGUGUGGGUAAAUGAGGUAUCUGACCGCUAUUACGGCCCCUCCUGGAUGCAUCUGGCCGCAAUUAAGUCUAUAGACUCUAGACUCUAGAGCGUAGUCGAAGAACGUCCUGGUGCGAGUACUAUACUCUCAGUGUUGCCAACCAAUCACAAAUACUGACUCUUUUUUUUUUUCUGUUGUUGAAACUGACAUAGGGCAUUGCGACACCUCUCUCAAAAUCUGCACAAUGAGAAUGAACUUACUGCUAGAACAUGGCCAGAUGCGCCCACCAGAUUUUUGUCUUUUUCUCAUUUCGAGAGUGGUGUGGCGAUGGAACCAGGUGCUGAAGAAGCUAGGCGCCUCAUGCGCACUCCCCCACCCACCGUAGAUGACAGUUGCGACGGGUUACAGAUACUAUCCGCUGUUGAGCAAACUGGGAUGAAAAUUCUCCUUCUGUGGGAACAGACCUCAUCCAGAAUGGAUAUACUAUACAGACAGUAUUGUCUUGUCGAUGAGACGUAUGGAGUCUGGUGGUCGUUAUUUUAUUAUUAGCAUUUUGUUAGAAAGAGGAUCAACCACAUGAACAAUAGCAACUGUCAUUCUGUUUCGCGAGUAGACGUAGACGCAACAUAGACAUAGACAUUCUGACAUAGACAUAGACAUAGUCCAGUGGUACUGGGAUGGUUGAGCGGCGAGGCGGAUUUGCAACCAGGGGAUGGUUGAGGGGCAAAGGCAGCUUUUUGCAACCAGGGGAUGGUUGAGGGGCAAAUUUUUGCAACCAGGAUUGUGGAGGGGCAGAUUUGCAAACCAGGAUGGUUGAGGGGCAGAUUUGAGAGAUGUGUGAUUUGUUUAUUAGGUUAUUAGCAGCGACCCUCGGUUGCUCCAUUGAUGUUGUUAUGGUUUUCCAAUUUAGGUAUGUUUGACACAAGGGAGCAUUUUGUUUGUCCACUUCAGGCCUGUGCAUAGGACAUGCUGAUCGUCUCCGUGUGGUUGCAAAACACAUUUUAACGGAUGUC